ACCUUCGAUUCUCCAGCAUCUGCAGUUUUACUUUAGUAAGUUAGUGAAUUUCGUCUUUUUCCUCACUGAUCUCGGCAACUGUUCCACUUGUUGUCAGUCGGGUGCAGAAGAUCUUGCUCAGGCAACGAUAAUGGCAGACAAUGUUACAUUACUUGGACAAGAUCAUCAAAAUAAUAAUCCCAGCCCAAAUGUGAUGGAAAUGCUCAUUGAACGGUUUGAACGUCUUCCCGAAUUGGACAGAACAUUCUUUGCCUAUGGACCUUUCUACCUUGGGAUAAAUUCAGCAUUUGCUGGUUUAAUUGCCAACAGUUUCUUUCGGAGAGUCCUCAAUAUUGCACAGGCUCGAUUUACGUCCAAUUUGCCUAUGGCAGUCCUUCCAUUUUUGUCGACUGUAGCAGGAUAUAAUGCUGUUGUAUCAAAACCUUUGCUUUCAGGUGAUUUAAACUGUCCCACAUGCGCUCUAGUCAGAGGAGGAUUGGUAGCUUCUCUUGGUGGGGGGCUAUAUCCCAUUGUUUUGGCCUUGCCUAUAAAUGCUGGGCUUGCAACAAGGUACAAUACAAGCCCAAUGCCAGAAAAAGGAAAUAUAAUAAGAUUCUGGGUUGCUGUUUGUCAGCCAAUUAUGAAGAAAUUAAGUUUUGUGCUAAUCCUUCAAGCUGCCUUUGGAGUCUACCUCAGUUCCAAGCAUUAUGCAAUUUACCAGAAGAUGCUUGAACUUCCUCCAUCGCACACAGAUUCUGAACUAGACAUUAGUUAAAGGAGAAAAAGUAUUUAAUAUCAUGAAUAUUUGACAGGAUGUUAUCAUGUAUUACCAGUAUUCAGUGUGGUGUUUAAGAAAUCUUACUGACAUUACAACCAAUCAAGCUCAUAACAAAAAACCCAAAGCAGUCCCUUGUACCUAAAAAACUAAUUGGCUGCCAUGUCAGUCAUGAAAUGUAUUACUUUUACAACAGAUGAACAUACUGAAUAAUCUUGAUUGUUUAAGAUUUAUGGUUUUGGUUUACAAUCAACAAACAAUUCAAAGAAACAAAGCAGAUUUCCUUUAUAUAAUGGGAAAUUAACUUUCCAAAUUUGUAAUAAAUUUAGUAAAACAAACACAUUGUAAUGUAGUAUUAUUUUACUAAGCUUCUCCCUACCUAAGUGGGAAGCAGCCCUGCAAUUCUGCUCUUCGACCCUGUUCCCAUCCAGCUCCUUCCUUCAAAUAUCAAUUAUACCUUUUGCAAAUCAAUUGAUAAAUUGGUGACUGGGGAGCUUGCAGUGUCACUAAAAUUACUGUCAUUCGUUCCCUUUUCCUUCUAAUGUCUUUGGCCUCCUGCAAUUGUUAUUUAUAUCAACAAAAGUUAGAUUCUAAAUGAAACCACCCAUGGUAGAUUAUAUAAUUAUUGCAUACAUGUUAUGUUUGUGAAUUUUUAAAUGAGAUUCAAACCAAAGACUUUCCAUAUUUAUAAAUAACAAAAAGCAUAUUAUUUUAAGGUUACUUUUGUAAAAGCAGCCUUAUGUUUAGUUGUUUCUGUGAAAGAAGCACACUUUUUUUUCUUAUGGAGCAAAAUGGCGCUGAUUCAUGUUGUGAAGCUUGGAAUAAAAGGUCUACGUCCAAGUUUUCAACACA